CGUCGAGAGAACAUCACCCUGUAUCGCUCUCCCGCAGAUUUUACUCUCGGGCGAACUUCUCGUAACAAUGACGUCGGAUCAAAACGUUACGUUUGACAUGUCCGCUGCCAAGUGAAGUGAUCCGCUGAGUGCUUCGAAUCGAAAAAGACUUUUAUUGUUCUGGAAAAUGCUUUCACGGGAAUGCGCGUUAUUUUCUUAAGAUCCAACAAUAUAAUGAAGGUAAAACGACGGCGCGGCCUGCAUAAUUGAAAAGGGGCAAAGAAGCUUCAAGAUUUUGCCCGAAAAAAAUCAAAAUGAAGAUUGUCGUCAUAGGUGUGAAGACAGGCGCCGUGGUGCUUGUAACCGCAGGAGGGGUGUCGGCGCGAGUGGCCGGCAAAGUCGGCGGCUACUCUAAUAAGAAAGGAGGUAAAUCAACGAGUGGCAUCAACGAAGAAAUCAUAUGGAUCAGUAUAAGCAUGGCGAUAGCCAUCGCUGUGCUCAUAGCUAUCGCGCUGUGCUACAUCCUCAGGCAGAAGUGCACCAAACGACACCACUACCGAGAGCAGUCAUGACGAUACAAGCAGGAGUUUGCGAAGCACGCCCUCGCAGACUCCCUCUCCGAUCUCAGCUUCCCCGCUUACACCCUGUACCCACAAUUCUCUCCAGACGGUAAAGAAUACUUCUACAAUUUUCAUCGCUUUUCCUACAUCAAAGAUCAUUAUAAGCUACCACCUAAGGACUACCCCGUUAAGAGCAAAGAAGAAGUGUAUAUCAAUGCGUGAUGAUUUACAGUUUUCAAUUGGUGUUUUGUUUAGUGUACGAAUACGCUUAGUAUAUUUCGUCUUAAUACGAAUUUUAAUUUUUAAUGUCUCUAUUAAUAUAUAUAAAGAAUCAGAGAAAUAUGUGUCUUGAAUGUUAAAUUUUAUGAAAUAAAAUCUCGAUCAUUUUAAUUAAGCGUAAUAAUUUAUCCUUGUGUAGAAUUAUAUGUUAGCUGUUUGUGAGUAAAUGGUAAAAUAAGUUGUAAUUAAUGUUGAAAAAAAGAAUUUAAAUUUUACAAACUAAAUAUUUAUCGAAAUUUAAAAAUGAACUGACGUUUAAUUUAACUGUGAUAGUAAUUUCAGGCUUACUAUGGCCAACAUAGCGGUAUUUAGAAACACGGUAACGAGAUUGUACAAUGUUUAACCACGAGUCGUUGUUCAUAAGGUAUUGUGAAUCUUGUGUUCAAUAUUGAAUCUUGAGCCUUGUAUAUAAAACUGACUUUUCAUUAGCAAACUAUUCAAUCAGCACCUUCGUAAAAUGUAAUGACUACUGUUUGUAAUUAAGGUCUACGCAGUACAGAUUUGCCUACAUUAUUCAAUAUGAACUGCUAAUUUUCGAGAAAUCAGUUAAUUAAAUGAAAUAACUAACUCCGUAUUUGUCCGUAGUUCAGUAUCUUAAAAAUUAUAAUACAAUAUUUUGAAAUUACUGAAUUGACACGCACAUAAAUUUUAAUAAAUAAAUAACUUUACUUAUUUACUAAGCUGGAGUAAUUAAAAGGCUUAAGCCUUUUACAUUAUCGAAAUAAAUGUCAAUAAGAAUUGAAUACUUAUCAAGAAAUUACCUAUAGGUACCAACAUAGCUAAUAAUAAAUUAUGUAAUAGGUACGUAAGGACCGACAAGACCGUGGUGCCAAAAUAAUAUCUAAAAGCAGUGGACUGUUAUAGGCUAAUUAUCAUGAUAAUUAUCAUUUGCGUAUGUACCAAUAAAGAAUUAAUUAUAAAACUUAGUAUUUUCUUAAGAUCGAUAUGAUCGAUGUGGAUGUGAAAUGUAACUUAUAGUAAAUGUAGAUUGUGUGGCAUAUAAAAAAACGUAUAUAGAAAUUCCUAAAUGAAAACAUUUAAACGAAUCACUAUAAUGACCAAGUAAUCCUGUA